CAGUUUGUUGCAUCAGUCAGUGAACGAAUGAUGUGUUUGUGCAUACGGAUAUGUCGAGAAUAAUCAGUUGACGUUGAACGGUGAUGCGGUGCGCAAGGUAGUAUUGAGGCGACAAUUGGAACCACGAUAUUAAAUCGUAUAAUAAAUUCAAGAGAAGUCGUCAUCGAAAGAUUAAUAGAGAAAAAGAGGGACUUGUGUUGUCGUAUGGCGGAUUAUGAGCUCGAAGAGUGUCAUAAUCACCUUUCCUAAGGGACUGUCCGCUGUCAAGGCGCUCCCGGUGAACGAACUGACACACAGUGCGUUACCCAGAUUGAAUUUCACCGCGUCGAUUCUGACAGAUAAGGCGACAAUGGACGGCAGGAAGAUUCUUCAGGUUUCUCCCAGGCAGGAAGAGAUACGCUCGGACGAUGACUUCGCGACAUUCAUCAAAACCGAAGAUGGUUGCGCGCGUAGCAAAAAGCGUCGUCUGGAUCAUUUAACGUGGGAGGAGAAGUUGCAAAGGAAAAAACUGAAGAACCGAGUGGCGGCUCAGACUUCGCGUGACCGCAAGAAGGCCAAGUUGGAUGAACUCGAGGAAACGGUAAAAACGCUGAGAGAAAGCAACGAACAGCUCGCGCAGGAAUGCACAAUGCUUAGAUCACAAAACGAAUCGUUGUUGAGCGAGACGAAGAGGCUCAGGAGAGAGAGGGACAUGAGAAACGAAACCGGAGAUCAGCAACAACAGUACUGCUCCGCGUGCCAGGCUCGUGUCGGCUGCGCUGCACCUUUGCCAGGAUCUGCAGUAUCCUAUGACUACCCUCUGCCGCAGGGUGGGUCAGCACAGCCGGCACCAUGCCUGACACUAACCCCAGGAGCAACCGUCCUGUUGAAGAUCCUGACCCUCUACCUUCUCUCGAGGAACUAUUUAGCGAUUUCCAGAGCGAAGGAUAUGUCGAGCGACUCGAAGAACUGGCCGCGAGCCUUAUGCGAGAAGUUACCACCGGCAUGGAAGCAAAUCCUCUUAGAACAGAUGAGCAAAUGUGCGUCACAGAAGAUCCUCUUAAAAAAUCUGACCGUUCAGAAACAAUGGUGGGGCAGACAUCAGAAGAUGUGGAAGCCGAUCGAGUCCGUGAAAGUAUAAACAACGUUUCUUACCUACCGGAUACAUCCGAUUGGCAUACGGGCGAUCGCGACACAGAGACCGCAGCACCGAUCAAGACCGAGAUCGAGAUCAAACAGGAAUCCGAACCAACACCGGACCUUGACACUGUCUAUGGCACUUACG